AUGGCGUGUCACGGCUUCACUAAUUCAGGAGACAUUGUGGUAGUGUUUGAUUUAGCUCCAGAAUUUGCAGGUGUCCUUUUCGGGUUGACUAAUGGUUUAUGUAGUAUCUCGGCUAUACUCGCACCUUAUAUUGCUGGUAUUAUAUUAGAAAAAAAUGAAGGAGACACGAUUCAAUGGAACUACGUAUUCUAUAUGGCAUCUUUCGCUUAUUUUCUGGGUGGUGUAAUAUUUUUAUUAGGAGCUACUGCACAACUUCAACCUUGGGCUACCAUUAAUACAGACAAGAAACAAGAUAACAAUUGAUUUAGAAUAUAAAUCAAAUUUUAUUUGGAAUGAUAAAAAUUCUGCUUAUAGAAUAAUUAGAAUCACAGGCACGCAGAAUUGUUCUUGCAAGUUACACAGGCACCACUCUUGUA